AUGGAUUCACGAUCAUCAAAGCAUCCUUCAAAACACAGGGGGGUCACAAUGAAUGUUAUCCACUGUUAUGCACCCACCAAUGAAGACGAUAAAGACCAGUUUUAUGAGAGGCGGCAAUCGACUAUAGAGAAGAGACCAAGAGACGACCUGACCAUCCUGAUAGAAGACCUAAACUUCAAG